AAGACAAAAUAGAGAAACCCUCUCUGCCCUCAGCUCCGCUCACAAGUCACAACUCGAUAAACUAUUUUGUUUAGCUUGUUUGUGCGGUAAUGGCGUUUGAUGUGGGUUCUUUCACUACAGAGCUUGCAAAAGGGUUUGACUAAACACUCUCGUUACCAAUGCUUCAUUUAUUUUAACCUAAGAACUGACUACUUUCUGAGCUGAUUGAAUACCAAACAUGGAAAAUAACGAAAAAGUCGCGAACUUGUUGGGAAAGGAAGUUUCUAGUGGUAACAGAGAGACCAAUUAUGCAAAAAAAGAAACUUUGAAUCCAAAUGCCAGAGAAUUUGUUCCUCUUGGAGUCAGAUCACGAGCUGCAGACAUUCUUCUCCCAGAUGACCUUACUCUCGAUUUUGAGGCGACAGGCUUAGAUAAUACUAGUCAAGAAAUCAAUGGUUUAUCCUUUUCAAGCUUAUCAUUAAUGGAUGGUAAAGAACAUUCUGCUCUUGAACAGCAAGAUAUAUCAUCUGAUCUUUUUAAUGGUAACAAUUACGUUGAAAAGCAAAGAAUUGUUGGCUCGUCUCGUGGAGAACGUCGAGCGCCUUUGGGUUUUCGGGGAUCUUUUGAUAAAUGUUGGGAUGAGAGAAUUGGGAAUGAUGGUCGGCUUCUUGCAAAAGACAGAUAUUCUUAUUAUGGGAAUUCAAGAGUCGAUUUCUGUACGGAUGUGUCAAAUGAGCAAUUGAUGAUGGAGAAUGAAGAUUUGAACCCAAUUGUAUUUCUAGCUUCCCGUUUUCCUGGUUUUUCAGCCGAAAGUCUUAUGGAGGUGUAUUUUGCCAAUGGUGGUGACUUGAAUCCAACAAUCGAGAUGCUUACUCAGCUUGAGGUGUAUUUUGCCAAUGGUGGUGACUUGAAUCUAACAAUCGAGAUGCUUACUCAGCUUGAGGCCGAGAUGAACAGAGGCUGUAAUCAAAUUCUUAAUUCAAAGAACUUGCCCACCACAAAUCUUAGUGGCUCGGAUUUUCCUGCUCUCUGUUUGACAAAUGUUCGAAAUGGUCUCGGAAAGGAUUGCACACUAUUUUUUAGUCCAUUUCCAUCCGCUCAGUCAAGAAGGGCUAUAGAUUUAGGCUCGGCUGUGGAAAAAAUGGCGUCACAAGAUUCUAGCAUUUGGGCGUAUGAGAAAAAGGGUUCUUCAGCCACAAGCGUUGGGUCCAGUAGAAGUUUACAAUUACUCGGAAGCUCGUAUAACAGUGGACAAGGCAGGGGCAUUUGCAGCAACGCUGUGCAAAAUCGUGCAAAUAUGUAUUCUGAAAUGUGGGAGGAAGCUCGUGAUCAUGCACGCAUACGCAAUGCAUACUUUGAGAAGGCUCGACAAGCCUACCAGAUAGUCAACAAGUCCUUAGCCAAGGAUUUGAUCAUUAAAGGACAAAUGCACAAUAUGUGGAUGAAAGCAGCUCAUGAGAAAGCUCAAGAAUCAAUUUUUCGCCAGAGCAGAACAGGCGUGAUCGUCUACAUUUGCAUGGGGACAGCCAGCCAGCUUCUAGGACUUGGGUGCGUGGUCACACUCUGGGCUAUGAAAGGCCAAGAGGUCUCUGUCUGCGAAGAAAUUACCGCAAUAGCUGUAGCGGUGACCCAAUUUUGCAAUCUUCUUGUGGUCAUUUGCGACGGAACUCCACCGUUCAAGUGCCUCUUCAAAGGGUGUGACAAGGAAAUCGGGCCAAAUUCAAUGUCCCACAACUGGUCAACUACAGAUGACCACAAGAAGAUUGCAAAAUUGGGCCAUUGUUGCAGUUAUUGCGGUAAUUUGUUCGCAGACAGAGACCUCUUGACCUUCGAUGGCCCAGAGUGUGACCACGCACCCAAGUCCUAG